AUGAAUAAAAAAGCCAGAGAUGACAUUCAGUGUAAGCAGGCGGGCUUGAAGGAAUGUGUGUUGUCCUUACAGUGCGCAUCGGUAGUCCCUGAGGCCAGUGCUGUGCUCGAGAUACUGGAGAAAUGUCCCCAGCACCCAAAGAAGGGGGAUUUUCCCGUCAUAGUCAUUGAGGGACUGGAUGGGACAGGCAAAACCACUGUAACCGAGUCUGUUAAGGAUGCUCUGAAUGCUGUUCUGUUAAGAUCGCCGCCAGCUUGCAUCAGCCAGUGGAGGACGACAUUUGAUAAUGAACCGACACUCAUUAGAAGGACAUUUUAUGCUGCGGGCAACUACAUUCUUGCUUCAGAAAUAGCAAAAGCAUCCACUCAGUCACCUGUGAUCAUAGACAGAUACUGGCACAGCACAGUUGCCUAUACAAUUGCCGCUGAAAUAAAUGGCAAAGUCGAGGAUCUUCCACCAGCUCACCACGAGGUGUACCAGUGGCCUGAGGAUCUGCUUAAGCCUGAUCUUGUUCUUCUCCUGACUCUGAGCCCUGAAGAGAGGAUCCGGCGGCUGCAGGGUCGAGGGCUGGAGAAAACAAAGGAGGAAGCUGAGCUGGAGGCUAACAGCUUGUUUCGCGAAAAAGUUGAAGAGUCAUACAGAAGGAUGGUGAAUCCUGCAUGCCAAGAGGUUGAUGCCAGCCCCUCCAAGGAAGAGGUUCUCAAGACAGUGUUACAACUAAUUAAAAAACACUGUGCCCUGUGAAAACAACUUCUGUAUAACAGCACUUAAAGACACUUUUUAUUGUCCUCCUGUUUCUGCUACCUGAAACACACUGCAAUGUGUUUCUUUUCAUGGAAGAAUCUUUUUUUUUUCCCCCUCUCUCUGCAGUAAUCUUGGCAGGUUAUCUGUUUCACUGUUGCCUAGUAUACUUUUCCAUAUAGGGCAAAAUACAGCUCCUGUGUUGUUCAGCAUUCCUGGCAAAGCCACAAACAUACCACAGUGUUGUAUCAGGUACAUGAUGGCGCUCCCUGCCUUGGUGACAUUUCAAGUUGUCAUCAUGUUGCAUCAUCACAAAGAGCUCCUGCUCUUGCUGCGUACCAAAAUUCAGUGCAUUGCGUUAAGAAUAUUAGAUGGAGAAGGAAAUGCUGAAGUGUAAUCCAGCAAGAAGCCAAUAAAGUGGUUGUAACAUUUAGGAACAAAGAACCUUGUUGUUUACUGGAACAGAGCAUGAGCAGCCACUGCUAUUAUGAGCAUCCUCUAAAAACUGUGUAGUAAAUAAGGGCCGGUAAGCAUUUAGGUGUCUAAGCCCAUUGGCAAGCCUGUUGAUGCAUGCAAACGAAAUACCAAUUCAUUUCAGAGGGAAAAGGGAGAAUGCUGACGUACUAGAAACAGAGACCUGAGAGGAACAUGAAAUUAAAAACAUUUGGUAAAUAAUUACUGAAAUAUUUUUCUGCACAGCAUUUUCUCUGUCCGAUUAAUAAGCUUGUUAGUGUGAAUUUUUGUUCCUUUGAGACAACGAAAUGAAAAACUGUAGAAAAUUUGAGCAAUGAAAAUGAUUGUACCUCUCCAUUUCACCUUUUUUUUUCCCCCCCAUGUGCUGAAUGUGAAAGCAGGCAACUAUCAAGACCUCAUUUCUGCAAAGGCUUAAUUUUAUGUAUGUUGGUUUCAUUAUCACUACUCUUAAGUAAAAAACAAAACAUGUGCCUAAUCUUUGUGAGAUCAGAUAUGAACAGCAGUUCAAGAAAGAACGUAAAUAAAAUGUCUUUUUGUUUUAAAUAUUGCUUAUACUUUCUUAUGUCAAGCAAGUACAAUUACUUAUGAACCUAUCCUGUCAGUAAAAAUGUACUCAGAAUUAUGGUUCCUAUAUCCAAUCGUAUAUGCAAGAGGGGAAGGGCGUAGAAAGAAAAAAAUCUAAACAUCAUAUUGUUAAUUUAAAUACAUUUUAUUAAUGUAUUGAUUAGUAGUUUUGAGUAUAUGCUGUUAACGUAAU